AUGGUCCAUCAGAAAGACCAAGAAGAGGCCGAGCUAGGGCUCCUCUCCGGGGAUGAGUCCAGGUUAUCGCAAGAUGCCGACUCGAGAUCAUCACGCGACAUCGAUGUCGAGGCAUACCCUAAACACGAGACCCGGAUGCCUGCGCCAGAACCCGAAUACGAAACACCCACCGCCUUGAAGUUCGUCUGGAUUGGCGCAUACUUUGGCUUCAGCAUGGGAUUGACUAUAUAUAACAAAUUUAUUUUGGGAUCGUUCAAAGCACCGUGGUUAUUGACGUGUUUGCAUACAACCAUCAGCGCUCUCGGGACCCUUGUCAUGUUGAAGAUGGGCUACUUUAAGCUAUCAAGAUUAGGCCGCAGAGAACACCUGAUCCUCGUUGCAUUCUCCGUCCUCUUUACCUCCAAUAUCGCCAUGUCGAACCUGUCGCUCUCUUUGGUCUCUUUGGCCUUCUUCCAGAUCAUCCGAAAUACGGUCCCGCUAUUCACCGUCGGAAUCUACCGUCUCUGGUUUCAUCGGUCAUACUCUACCUGUACAUAUCUCUCUUUGAUUCCGAUUGUGGUGGGCGCUGGCAUGUGCACGGCAGGCGACUAUCACUACACGUUGAUUGGGUUGCUUGUCACUAUCGCGGGUGUUAUCUUAGCGGCCACGAAGACUGUCACUACGAAUCGCCUGAUGACCGGGUCCCUGGCCCUGCCCUCGAUGGAGCUCUUGUUCCGCAUGUCGCCUCUGGCCGCCAUUCAGUCCUUGGCCUUUGGACUCAUUGCCGGAGAAGGGCCUGUCUUUUGGGAAACUAUGAAGGAGCGUACCAACGGCCUCGCCUUCUGGGCCACGUUAUUGACGGCUAUUCUGUUAUUGGGUAAUGGCCUCCUCGCAUUCGUCUUGAACGUUGCAUCCUUCCAGACGAACAAGAUUGCCGGCGCCCUGACCGUGACCGUGGCGGGCAAUUUGAAGCAAGCGUGCACACUGGCCCUGGGCAUUGUUGUAUUUGGCGACUUCUCCCUCAACAUUCUCAAUGGCCUCGGCAUUGCCUUUGUCGUGGUCGGCUGUGGCUGGUUCUCCAAAGUCGAGUUGGACAAUAAGCGCGCUCGUAAAUAG